GGAAGCGAGACCAGACGGGUAGAAGCAGCGCGUCUCAGAUCCCCAAACAAGCGCCAUCUCUAGUCUUCCUGGGGGAAAUGGGAAUUUAUAAGAGAAGGUCGAGGGUUCGGGCUUCUGCUGGUAUCUUCUUUCUCGUCUGCUUUCUCUCCUCGUCAUUCCUGAAUGUGAGGACGUCCCUUCAGUCCGAAAAUCGAGGCCUCGGCAGUAGACUUUCUUGGCGGUGGUCGGGUGCUCCUGUCCUCCCGUCUCCGGAGAACGAGAUCAUAUCCUCCAAAGCUGUGGUGGGUGGAGUUGAUGAUUUCUACAUGAAGGGCGCUGCUUUGUGGAGAAAGGGCACGGUGGAGUGUCCUCUACCUGCCGAGGCACCUGGAGACUACAUGAAGCUGCAAAACAUCUUCAGUUUGGAGAAGGAAUGGAAGGGGAACGUAAGCAACAUCCUACUGGCUGAGACAUCCUGCAACAUGAAGCCAUCCUACCGAGCCUGGUGCGCCGUGGAGAGCAUGGUGCAGCAGAACCCGCAAUCGUUAGUGUGGUACGUCAUGACGUCAAAGGUGGUGAACUUGCGACAGGGUGUGGCUGGUCGCCUGCUGGAGCACUACCACAACCUGAGGCUGGUGACGGUGGGCCUGCGUCAGGUGUUCCAUAACACCCCACUGAUGGACCUGUACACCUCCACCUCCUGGACCCAUAACACCACGUGGCCAGCAGUGAGUCUCAGCAACAUGAUUCGCCUGGCGUUGGUGUGGCACGUUGGGGGUCUAUACAGCGACAAUGACGUGGUGUGCAUCGCUCCUCUAACCCACCAGAAGAACGUCAUAGGGCUCUACGAUGACACGAAUGUGAACAACGCUGUGUUUCACUUUGAUAGACACCACCCAAUGCUGGAGGCCUUCAUGAGUCACCUUAACGAAAACUUCAGCCCGAACGUGUGGGGGUUUAACGGACCAAUGAUGAUGACGAAGGUGCUAAAGACCGCAUGCGGCAAGGAGCUGGCUGCUGGGGACGUGUGUCAAGGGGUGACACUACUGCACAAACGAAACUUCUACCCCUUGCCUGUUGCAGAAUGGAAGAUCUUCUUCACAGCCCUGAAGGGCGUGGAUGUGCAUAAGAUGUUUCCCAACUCGUACGUGAUCCACAAGUGGAACAAGAUGAGUCACUCUCAGCCUGUCUUCAAGGACUCCGGGAUGCUGUACGACGAAACUGCUAAGGUCUUCUGUCCCAUCACCAGGGAGAUCGCCACCCAUGUGUACUGAUUCCCCAUCACUACCCCAUCACACUCCCUUAUUACUCCAUCACACUACCCCAUCGCACUCCCUUAAUACUCCAUCACACUACCCCAUCGCACUCCCUUAAUACUCCAUCACACUCCCUUAAUACUCCAUCACACUCCCUCAAUACUCCAUCACACUACCCCAUCGCACUCCCUUAAUACUCCAUCACACUACCCCAUCACACUCCCUCAAUACUCCAUCACACUACAUCAUUACCUCAUCACACUCCGUCAGCUGGCACGGAGACACAUCCGACAAGAGGAUAUUCUUACACCUACGAUAUUGAAAUAUUAAACUGGAUGGCCUAUAUUUUUUUAUCCAUGAAUUAUAUACAUUAUAUAAGAUAUGUAAAGUAUACAACAUUAAAUAUAACUGUGAUAUAGUCUAGUAGCCUCGAGUUAGAGGGAAUUUCUUCCUGGCGUGCAAAAUAAUGUGUACAAUGAUUUUGUUGGUUGAUUCCUGUAUUGUUAUUAGAGAGGCAGUAUAGGUCUUGACGUUUACGUACACCAUGUUGCUCACAGAAAUGAGUAUACCUUAUUUAAGUGAUCCUGGUUUCGCAUUUAUUUUAUCUUCGCUUUCCUGAAUGGUCUUUCAACACACACACACACACACACACACACACACACACACACACACACACACACAUUGUUGGGGGAGU